AUGCAGCUGAAGCAAGGUUCCCUAUCUGUGGCAAAUUACACUAGCAAGUUUGAGGAACUCUAUAGGUUUUCUAGGGUAUGUCAGGGUGCCCUGGAGACUUAUGAGAGUUGGAAGUGUAUUAAAUACCAAAGGGGGCUAAAGGACAAUAUUAUAACUGCUGUGGCUCCUAUGGAGAUCCGUGUCUUCUCCGACUUAGUGAACAAAGCGAGGGUGGUAGAGGAGUAUGCCAAGACCGUGGCGGCGUCCAAGGACACUCAUGGAGGGAGCUCUAGUCAGGGGCGUGGCAAGUAUUUCCAUCCAAGAGGUCAAAGCUUCAAAAGAGGAGGAUAUGCGCCUCAAGGUCAAGGGGGUUUCAGUAAGAACACUCAGACUCAGUCUCAGUAUGCUAAUGGGAGAGGAAAUCAGAGUAAGAGUUCUCCAAAUUUGACUUGUGUACAUUGUGGGCGUUUCCAUCCUUAUGACUCAUGCAAAAUUGGUUUAGGUGGUUGCUUCAGUUGUGGGUUGCCUGGCCACAUUGCGAGAGAUUGUACCCGUGGGAGGAACCAGCAUGCGGGCCAGAGUCAGCAUCAAGGUCGAGUCUUUGCUGUGAAUACCAAGGAUGCUUCCAAGGUGGAUCUGUUGAUGAGAGGUAUAUGUCUAAUUGGUGAUAAAUCCUUAGUUGCAUUAUAUGAUACUGGAGCUUUGCAUUCGUUUAUUUCGUUUGCUAAAGUUGAGGAAUUAGGCUUGAAAGUGUCAGAGUUACCAUUUGAUCUAUAUGUACAUACUCCGCAUCAGACGGUUAUGACUAGGUCAGGGUGUAGGCAAGUAGGUUUCAAACUUGAGGGUAGAGACUUUGUGCAUGACUUGAUCUGGGCAGAGUGUCAAGGUUAUAUUCUGUUGGCUGCCAAUGCGUUGGGUGAUGCUCAGAACUUAGAUCAGAUACCGGUGGUUAGAGAUUUUCCAGAAGUGUUCCCAAAAGAUAUCCCUGAAUUCCCACCUCAAAGGGAAAUUGAAUUUGCGAUUGAAUUGGUGUCGGGAGUCGGACCAGUGUCGAUUACGCCGUAUAGAAUGGCUCCGAUAGAGCUGUGUGUGGAUUACCGACAGCUAAACAAAGUGACUGUGAAGAACAAGUACCCGCUGCCAAGGAUAGAUGACUUGAUGGAUCAAUUGCAAGGAGUCGGAGUGUUUUCCAAGAUUGAUUUGAGAUCCAGUUACCAUCAAAUAAGGGUGAAAGAGGAUGAUAUCCCUAAGACUGCGUUUAGGACACGCUAUGGACACUACGAGUUUACGGUAAUGUCCUUUGGGUUAACGAAUGCACCUGCUGUUUUCAUAGACUACAUGAACAGAGUCUUUCGUCCCUUUUUGGACAAAUUUGUGGUGGUUUUCAUAGACGACAUCUUAGUCUAUUCUAAGACGGCGAAGGAGCAUGAGGAACACUUGAGGAUUGUGUUGCAAAUCUUAAAAGAGCGGAAAUUGUAUGCUAAGUUGUCAAAGUGUGAGUUCUGGAAGGAGGAAGUGAAGUUCCUAGGUCAUGUGGUGAGCAAAGGAGGAAUAUCAGUGGAUCCUUCUAAGGUAGAAGCGGUGAUGGAAUGGGAAAGACCGACAACGGUGACGGAAGUCAGAAGCUUUUGGGCUUAGCCGGAUAUUACCGGAGAUUCAUUGAAGGAUUUUUCCGGAUUCUACUACUGAUGACUAAAUUGACAAGGAAAGAAGCUUCUUUUGUGUGGACGU